AGACCAUAUACAUUACUGUAUACAUUAUUUUCCUUUAAUUAUAACAAUUUUGCAAUUGCAGGGCAACAUAUUGUACUAAUAAAAUAUUUUAUUUUUAAGUGCACUGUUUGAUUCACUACGUGAUUGAAAUAGCAGAUUAUACAAUAUGUUAACCUAACCCAGUUCUUAACACAUCAGGUUAACUAGGAUACUUAUUUAUUUAUUUUAAUACUUUAUUGUACACAUUAGUUAUAAAAAUAUGACAGAGGUAAACAAAAGUACAAAGGCGAGCUUAACUCUGAUAGAGUUUUCUUCCAGCAAACCCAAAGUGGAAAGGAGCAUCAAUGUCAGCGGAUACAGCAGUGUACAAUUUUAAAACAGCCAAAAUUAAAUGAAUUACAUUAUAUUUUAUCGUACAAAUACAUAUAUACAUAUACAUAAAUAUAUACCUACAUCUAUGCACAUACAUACACAUAUACAUACAAUAUACCUACAUAUAUAGAUAAAUAAUUAUAUGUUCAUAGAGAUAGAAGAUUCUCUUUAAGUCUGCUCUGGAUAUGUUCGUGUCUAGGAAAAAAGAUCGUGUCGAAAUGCCUUUUUUAUUGAUGUAUUUAUAGCAUUACAGUCAAAAAUCGAAAUUCUUAUCUGGCAACUCUGUUCAAGUGACAAAAAAAUUUUAAUUAAAAUCUUUUUCUGCUCAUAUGGCAGGGCACAGAUGCAUCCUCUAAAUUUAAUGAAAUUAUGUUACUUAGAUAUCUAAACAGAAAGAUCCAUUAUCUAUGUUAUAUUAUGAAGUAAUUUAUAAUCGCUCUAGAAUUAAAUUGCCUAUAUUAUUAUAGUAUUUACUUAGUUUCACAUUUUUGUUGUAGUAAAUACCUACCCUUUUUUAAUUCGCAUAUAAGUACCUGUUUAAGAUUUUCUAAUCUUUAAACAUAUUCUCUCUAAUCUGUGACUUGCUCCGUAAUACAGCCUUUGUUUUUAAUAUAUAAUGCAUAAAUUAAGUGAUUUUGUCGAUAUUAACAAUACAAAUAAAUUCAUACCAACUUUGAAACAAAAAUGGGAUCAUCUACACAAUGAAACUGGUGUAUUUAGAUACAAAAUAAACAAUUUACAGAAAAAACUAAUAGACUCAAAAUAUCUAGUACAGUUGAAUCCAGACCGUGGUUGUAAAAGGAGAAUGCCAGAACAAAUUGAAAGUAUAUGUCAGCCAUUUAACAGAAAUGAAUUCAAUUUUACCAAAGUUUCCCCAAAGGAAAUAAUUUUUUACAUAACUGAUGAAUCUGAUAAGCAUGCUUUGUUGGUGAAUGUGAGUCCACUAUCUCAUUACCACACUUUAUUAUGUCCUUCAAUUAAUAAAUGUUUACCACAAAUUGUUACAUUACAAAGUCUGCAGUUGGCUAUUGAAAUAUACUUCAUUGCACAGGAUCGUGAUCUCCGGAUUGCAUUCAACAGCUUAUGUGCAUUAGCUUCUGUCAAUCAUCUCCACUACCACUUGUUUCUGGAGGAACAUCAUCUUCCAGUGGAGUCUGUAAAAUGUAUUCAUUUGAUUAAUCAUAUUUAUUAUUUCAAUGACUAUCCAAUUCCUGGGUUUUGUUUUGAAAUACCAGAUCAAGAUUCUGCUACAAAAAUAACAAAUGAAAUUUACAAACUACUAGAAUAUUUUUUGAAAAAAUCUAUUGCACAUAAUAUAUUUAUGACAAGAGGACAAACAAUAAUACCAGGAUCCCAUGAUAGCAAAGAUAUAUUACGAAUAUUCAUAUGGCCUAGAAAGAGCAGUGCUGUAAAACAGUUAAAUUCACUUAAUAUUGCAGCUUGUGAAAUAAGUGGAUGGUUUACCAUAUAUAAUGCUGAAGAUUAUGAUAGACUUCAGAAGGAAGACCUAGAAUGUGAACUAGAAAAGUGCAAAAUAAAUGACUUCAAAGAAUUGUGUAAUGAAAUAAAACACUUAGAUAUAAAUAUUCAAUAAAUCAUUUAUUGUUAAAAAAAAAUUUUUUUAAUGUGUU